AACAGACUUCCUUGGAAUCUCCAGGAAACCGUUGGGUGCGUGGCGAUUGGCAGCUCCGGCCAGCAGUUACUUUUCCUCCCACUGGCCCCAGUGAGAAGGUCGCCUGUGCUUCCCGGAAAUGAGGCUCAGUGGCUCCCAAGUGGGGCCGGACCCCGAGCCGAGUCGGAGGCGCUGGACACCGCAAGCCCCGCGUCCCGGGAGCCAUCGGCUCAGGGACAGGAAUGGCCAGAGAGCUCGCCUUCGGGGCAGGCCUCGGAGCAACGACCAUCGAUCGAGCUGGACAACCAGCCGACGCUGCAGGAUGAGCCGUCGCGGGAGUCGGGGACGAGAGACCUGUCCCUGGGGGAGCCGGAAAUCCAGACGCCCUGGGCCGCGGGCCGGUGCUACUGCACCGCCUGCCUGGAGGCGCCACUGUCCCGCACCUUCUGGCGGCUGGGCUGGGCGGUGGGCGAGCACCCCUGGCUCUUCCUGCUGGUGCCCGUGCUGCUGACGGUGGCGCUCGGCAGCGGCCUGCUCUACCUGCCCGACGAAAAGGAAGACCUGGAGGAGCAGUACACCCCGAUCAGGGGCCCCGCCAAGGCCGAGCGGCGCUCCGUGCAGGCUCACUUCACCACCAACGACUCCUACCACUUCUCCGCCGCCAGGAGGAGCGCCGAGGCCAGUUUCGCCUCCAUCCUGGUGGUCGGCAUGGCCCACUCGCUGCUGGAGGAAGACACCUUUACGGAAGUGGGUAGACUGGACGACGCGGUGCAGUCUCUGUCUGUGGGACAGGUUAACGGCACCCAGAUCCCGUACACGCAGGUGUGCGCCAAGUACAAGGACCUCUGCGUGCCCCCCAACCUGCUCCUGUACACCUGGCAGAAGAACAGGAGGCUCGACCUGAGAAACGUAACCUUCCCCAUCUUCCACCACGAAGGCCACCCCAUCUACCUGACCGGCUUCUUCGGAGGAAACACCCUGGGGAAGAGGAUGGGAAGGAACCGGUUGCUCCUGGGGACCAAAGCCCUGCGGCUGCUGUACUACCUGAAGACCGAGCGACUGCAGGACAAGCUGCAGAGCAAGCAAUGGCUGACUCAUUUCCUGAACCAAUUCAACAACACUAAGAACCGUCUGAACUUAAAGAAAAUCAAGGUGGUCCACUUUACAUCACUUUCUAGACAGCUGGAAUUUGCGGCAACUUCUAAGACAGUGAUCCCUUUGUUUCACUCGGCAUACAUUCUAAUCGUACUGUUUUCAAUCGCAUCAUGCUACAGGUUGGACUGUGUACGAAACAAAAUGUGGGUUGCAGUCUUUGGAGUGAUUUCUGCUUUCUUGGCAGUGGUGAGUGGCUUUGACCUGCUGUUGCACAUCGGGGUGCCAUUUGUGAUCACAGUUGCAAAUUCGCCAUUUCUUAUUCUAGGUGUUGGAGUCGAUGACAUGUUUAUCAUGAUUUCUGCCUGGCAGAAGACCAGCCUCGUGGAAAGCAUAGGACGGCGGAUGUCCAACGUCUAUUCAAAGGUGGCAGUGUCCAUUACAAUCACCUCCGUCACCAACAUCCUGGCCUUCUAUACAGGGGUUAUGAGCUCUUUCAGGUCCAUACAAUACUUUUGCAUCUAUACAGGAACAACCCUGUUCUUUUGUUAUAUUUAUAACAUCACUUGUUUUGGAGCAUUUAUGGCCCUGGAUGGUAAAAGAGAAGUAGUCUGCCUACGCUGGUUGAAAAAGCCAGAGACUCCUGACCAAAGAGGUUCCUUAUUAAAAAAGUUCUGUUUCCCAUUUGGUUCUGUUGUAGAUGAACAGGGAACUGAUGUCCAUCCAAUGAAUAUAUUCUUUAGAGACUAUUUUGGUCCUUUUCUCACAAAUACUCGGUCCAAGUUUUUUGUGGUGAUGAUAUACAUUUUGUACCUUGUCAGUAGUAUAUACGGGUGUUUCCGAGUGCAGGAAGGCAUAGACCUUCGAAAUCUGGCAAGUGACGAUUCCUACAUUACACCAUAUUUUAAUACAAAGGAAAAGUAUUUUUCAGACUAUGGUCCCAGGGUUAUGGUUGUCAAUACUAAAAGUAUUGACUACUGGGAUGAAGAAGUUAGGCAAAAAUUGGAAAAAUGUAUAAAAGAUUUUGAAAAAAAUGACUAUGUAGAUGCACAUCUUACGGAGUUUUGGUUACAAGCGUAUGUGCAAUAUAUGAAACGUAGCGGACAAGAUCCUAAUGAUAAGAAUGCUUUUAUGAACAGUAUUUCUGGUUUUGAAAACUAUUUUCCAGCUUUUAUUCAUAAUAUUAAUAUUUCAUCAUCAAAUGAAAUCAUUUCUUCCCGGGGCUUCAUUCAGACUGUGCAUGUUUCUUCCUCAAUCAUUAAGAAGACAAUGUUAUUCCAAUUACGAAGCAUAGCCAAAAAGUGUGAAAUUCCCCUACUAGUGUAUAACCCGGCAUUCAUAUAUUUUGAUCAGUUUGCCGCAGUAUUAGAAAAUACUGUUCGAAAUGUCAUUGUUGCAUCAGCAGUUAUGUUCAUUGUUGCCUUAUUGUUAAUUCCUCAUCCAUUGUGUUCCUUGUGGGUAACUCUUGCUAUUGCUUCUGUGAUUGUGGGAGUAACGGGUUUCAUGGCAUUCUGGAAUGUCAAUCUUGAUUCCAUAUCCAUGAUUAAUCUCGUCAUUUGUAUAGGGUUUUCUUUUGAUUUUUCUGCACACAUUUCCUAUGCAUUUGUUUCCAGUUCUCAGCCCUCAGUAAACGGAAAAUCAAUUGAGGCAUUAUAUGAGCUGGGCUACCCUAUGUUACAGAGUGCAGUUUCAACAAUAAUAGGGGUGUGUGUUUUAUCUGCAGCCAAAGCAUACAUCUUCAGGACAUUUUUUAAGAUUAUGUUUCUUGUUAUGCUAUUUGGGGCUGCUCAUGGCCUAAUUUUUAUUCCAGUAUUCUUAACCCUUCUUUGAAGGUUUGUUUGACUAUCCACUAACAAAUCAAAGAUUAAUUAUAGAAUUCCUGAUUGCCCCAAUCCAAUCUGAUAAAAAAAAAUGCACUAUUAAGAAUAGUCAACAAACUUAAAACAAAGGCAUGUUUCCUUGACUUGGAAAUCUCAUUUUAAAAUGUUAUUUAAAGUAUCCUGAGAAAAAUUAGUCUUAUAUUAAAACAUCUUUACAAAAUUGG